UUGAUUGCUCCAUUUAGGCGACGUUAUAAAAAGCGGCUACCUUUCUGUCUUCUAUCAGUUUUGUUCGUGAUUUGCUCAAGUUCUUUCUGUUGUUAGGACUCAAAAGUUUGGUUACGUUUGCAACCUUUUGUUUAUCAAAAUAAUUGUGCUUUUGGUUUUGUAAAUUAAAUCAGUUGCAUCAUGGCCCAAGAAGACAAACUGGACUGGAUUUAUAAAGGUGCUAACAGUUUAGUGAAUCGCGAAGAUUAUUUGCUUGGACGUAAAAUUGAUAAAACGUUGGAGCAGCUCAAUGAAGAAGAAAAAGUGAAGAAAGUAGUGUUGCCCGUCCCGAAAAACCAUGUGGAGCACGAAUGCAUUCCACCGUCGAUCAGGGACUUUAACAAAAUCGUGCAGUCCGAGCAGGUUGAUCUAUCAGCAAAGCUCCAAGAAGAUCCUUUAGUGGCCAUCAAGAAAAGGGAGGAAGAAGUUCGCAGACAGUUCCUGCAAAAUCCCGUACAGUUGAGGAAACUGCAAGAAGCCCUGCAUAUGAAGGAGAUGGAGAAGAAAUCGAAGAAGCAUCACAAAGAAAGCAUGCAGAGCAAGAAAUUCAAACAAGAGUUUAUUAACAAGUUCAGCCCCUUUGAAAUGCGAACUCCAGUAAAACAAUCAAAACAGGACAAAAAGCACGCAUUGGAUACUAUUUUAAUGCACAAAUUCAAUGCGUUUAAAAGCAAAUUAACAGAAGAAGACCUACAGGAGGUAUUAAAUGGCAAAGCGAGUUCCAGUAGUGAUGAGGACACGGAGAAGAAGCGCAAGCCAACGAAAAGAAGUCGCUCAAGGGAGGUUAAAGCCACUUCCAGUAGUGAUGAGGACAAGUACAAGAAACGCAAUCCAAAAAAGCGAACUCGCUCAAAGGGGUAUGAAACCUUGAAAGGCAACGCCAGUUCCAGUAGUGAUGAGGACAGGAACAAGAAGCGCAAGCUGAAAAAUAGAUUUCGCUCAGAGAAAGACGAGGAUAAACCAAAAGAAAGGAAUUCACAUCGAAGCAGGGACGCAAGUUACAGUAGAUCCAGAUAUGAAUCUAAAGAUAGGCGCAGUCAUCGAAGCCCCAACAGAAAGCCCCUCGAAGACCCAGACGCUGAGCUCGAUAAAAAAAUUAUGGCACAAUUAAAAUUGCUGCGAAAUCAAACAGAAGCAAAACCUAAAGCAAUGUUGCCUGCCAAGCCGUCACAUUUAAGAAGUGAUUCUUCUAGUUCAGAAGACGAAUCAUCUAGUGAUAGUGAUAGUGACAGCAGCUCAGAAGCAGAGAGACCAAAAACGUUUGGUUUAGUUACUUCUGAUGGAAAGAAACUAGCGUUCAAGAACAAGGGCAAACCGAUUACCACCGAUAAGCGACCAGUGAAGAAGGUUACAGAAGCUGCAAAGCCUGAAAAAAAAGGCGUUAAAAAACUGAGUGAGAAGGAGAAGGAGAAAAUGAGGCAGGAAAUGAUGCAAAACGCGAAAGUUCGGGACAAGGAGCGAGAGGAGCAUCUCAGAAAGUACAGGGAAGCCGCUAAACAAGAAGAUGAAUCAGUGACCAAGAAAUAUGAUGCUGAUUUAAUACACACGCAGUUAUUAAAAAGUGCUAAACACACUUCAGUGGAGGACAGGAUCAAGUCGAAAUUAAACACCAUUCAAAGAUCAUCGAGACAUAUGGAGCAAAACUUCUCAAAAAGACUGUAAUUGAUUUUUUUACUAGUGUGUAGAUGUAAGAGUGCUCUCACUACUGUUCUAGUGAAGCUUAAAGAUCAUUUAUUAAAAAACUAGUUCUUUUUAAGUAAAUCUUUCUUUGAGCUCGAGAUUUUUACUGUAUGCUCGUUGUUUAACUAUGAUUAACUUGCAAUUGGCAAAUGUAUAAAUAUAUCUAAUUUUGAUUGCUUGUUUUGUAUAGCUGUAUUUUCUUUCUGUAUAAAGUUUUGUAAUUACUGAGUCUUUAGAUAAACUUUUUAUAUUUAUUUAUCUAGUUACCAGGGCUCUUAUAACUAGUUAUAUAUAUAACUAAAAAGACUGUAACUGAUUUUUUUACUAGUGUGUAGAUAUUUUAUACAUGCAAGAAUACUCUCAGUACUGUUCUAGUGAGGCUUAAAGACAAUUUAUUAAAAAACUUGGUUCAUUUAAGUAAAUCUUUGUUUGGACUUUUCGAGAUUUUUACUGUAUGCUCGUUGUUUAGCUAUGGUUAACUUGCAAUUGGCAAAUGUAUAAAUAUUUCUAAUUUUUAUUGUUUGUUUUCGACAACUGUAUUUUCUUUCUGUAUAAAGUUUUGUAAUAGAGACUUAGAUAAA